AUGGUCGAUGGCUGUAGAACAACUUUGCGUAGACUGGAAUCGAUCGUCGAAAAAUAUACCGAUAGGCUGGAUUCAAACUGGAGCUGGAAGAUAUGGUUCUCGAAGGGAUACAAGUUAAUCCAAUGGACAACAGAGGGUGGCGAUAUUCGGGCUCUGAAAGAGGACCUCCAUCAACAUUAUGUUAUCAUCGACGCCUACAUCAAUGUCUUGAAUCGGGCCGAUUUACAACAAGCAUUGGGUAUGCUGGAGAAGAUGCUUGCGGAAGGAAGACAGCGUCGAAGUCUAUCGAUACAUAGUAAACGACACAGUGGUGAUCUUGUCCUACGCCCUGAGGCUACUCAUAUCUCUUCGUCUUCAAAGCCGAAAACAUUCGAAGGAUUCCCUCCAUUUUUUGCGCACUCAGAUGUUGGAUAUAAAAAGGCAGCGAAAGUCAAAAUGAACUUCUCGAUCUCUCGCCGCAAUCCCAUGGCAUCUAUCUGCCGCGAGGUUACUGUUAAUCCGGAUUUUUUUCUUGGAGGUUCCAUAAUCUCCAACCAGCCGAUGUUUUGUUGCAACUGCAGUCGCAUCAUGAAGGGUGUCUUCCAAGACUCCCACCAUGCUGCCCUUGCCAAGAUUAAAUGCGGUCCCGGAACCAUUAUCGUCAAGAAUGAGAGUUCGGAUCUCAUGCAGAGAGAAUAUACUCUCUAUGCACCCCGCAUUGAGGAUCCGGAAGCAUCGAAGAGAGGCGAUAGCUUCGAUGAAAGGCCCUAUAUUAUCAGCAUCCCACUCCGAAAAAAUCAACGUGCAUUUGAAGCGUCUCUUGUUACCUUUCUUGCCCAUCAGGCAGCUCGAUGCCUUGCAGAUGGAGUGAUACCCGAAAGUAAAUGGGUUCGGUGGGAAAACGAUGCAACCGGGGCACUAUCACCCCCCUCGACGAAGAAUGGUGCGUCGUUGAACCACCGUAGCUCUGAGAAAGGCCAGAAACAGAACAAAAAUACGCGUGGAAGAGUGCUAGUUGCCAGCUGUGUUCGCUUAGGAAUAUCUGCAGAAAAUACAAUCAAGACCAUGAAUAUUCGAUACCUGCCACCAAAUAACAGUAGUUGGACCGACAGUCUACCUGUGAAGGGUUUAAUGAUCAUUCAAUACCGAUCAAUUAGAAAGCAAAGGCUUUACGUUGAAGAAGAUGACCCGGCAGCCUGGCAAGACGGCGACUAUCUUAAGCUAUAUCUUGAAUUUGCAAAGAUUUCGGAAUACCUCAAACAGACGAAAUCCUUAUGGUGUGAUUUUGUUUGGGAGGAAAAAAUUAGAAUUAUGGGCCCAGCGGUGACAUUCAGAGUCAGAGACCUUCGACACUUCGAGAAUGGCCUGCAGGUCGAAGGGACAGGAACUCUAACUUACCUCGGCGAACGGAUAUCAUUGACAGCUGGAGCAGGUUCUAGUGACAUCCAACUCGACAAAUGGAGCCUCCCGAAACUCCCUGCGCAUAAGAAAGCCGCUACGAAUGAAUCUGCAUUUCUUGUAGCCUGGACACAACCAUUGCAUGAGCAGCUCCGAAAUUUUUGGGCCUCGAGGACAUCGCGUAAAGAGGAGAUAAAAGCGACCUUCCAUCUUAGUAAUAUUACCAUAAAAAGUCGACCCGAUAUAUUCAAUCAAGAGUUUUACGGCUCCUGUCUUGUAAUUCUACAUAACAGCUGGGCAAGGUCAACCCGAUUGAUUGUACGAAGCGGGUCAGGAUUGUGCGUUUUGACACAAGACGUAUCCGACCGUAGAUGGACAAAAAUGGACCUACGUGAUGAUACUCUCUGUAUCGAUGAACCAAUGGCCAAUGUAACGCAUUUGAUACCGGGGCGCGAAAAAGACGGGCCGUGUCUCAAGAUUCGACAAGAACCAAAUACUAUAAACUAUCAUUUUACUACUGAACAAGAUGCGGUGGCUUGUAUUUGUAUGAUUACUGAACUCGCUCGAGGGGAAUUUGUGACGGAAACGAUGGCGCUGGAAGAUGCUAUGGCACCUCCAGUACUGGGAGUGUCGGCACCCACUGUUUCAGAAACUACAGAAAGAAAAGCUACUCCCGAAACCUCAUAUCAAAGUCCUCGCAGCUCAUCAUCAUUAUUGGCGGAGCUUCCUUCAAAUCACGUCCGGAAAGUUUCUACCGGCCAAACAUCAGCCUUUGAGGCACCAAAGGGUUACGAACUGGAUAUUGAGUUAUACUUAGAUGAAGCGCGCGAAAACUGUUUGUGUUCUCAUGCGACUGUUAACCCGGCUUUGUUUCUGUCCUUUGAUGCCAUCGGCCUGGCUGCUUUACCGCUAUUUGCUUGUCGGUGUAAGACUCUAGAAGGGGCAACCAAACAGCACGAGCUCACAGACUACAGAGCUGGCGCGUUUACCCUCCCAAUUCUGGCGCUUGGUUCCAGGAAUGCAAGAAACCCGGGUUGUUUUGUCCUAGUCAACGUUACCGCAAAAGAGUCUAACCUAGAGCUUUAUAUCCGCUGCCCGAGUCCCCAAAAGGAACGCCAGUUCGAAGAUGUCAUGGCUAAUCUCCUACGGAUCCGAGUCGCAACGAACCUGGCAAUCGUUGGGAUGCGGUCUAGCCAAGAGUUGAUCUCUGUUUACACUGAAGAUAUGGAUACAAUUUCGAUACUUUCCGCCUUCGGUAACAUCGAAAUAUCUCCUUCGGCAGACAUCAGAAUAGAUGGAGUAUGGAGAUUUCUUUCUAAGGUUACGAAGGAAGUCUCCAUAUCACAACACCGUAUUGUGCGUCGGAAGGAUCUUGCCGAAAGGUUAAGCCAGGAAUCUAGCCGGCCUGGGACUCUAUUUGAGGAUAGUGGAAGGAGUAUGUUGCAAUUUAAAUGCGGUAGUCGAAACUUCACCUGUUACGUUCGAGCUGCGCCAAAGAUUCACCCGCAACAGAUGUAUACCACUUUAACGAUGGCGGUCGAGGAUGCGGUUCUCUCGCCUCCCGAAAAUGCGGUUGGAAUUGAUGCCAUCGAAGAAAAACUUGGCUCUGGGCGAUUAAGGCUACGGUUUGAAGGCGGCGGAAGAACUGUCCAGCAGAGCUCAUCACAAAGUUUUGGAUGGUUUAACUUUUGGCGUAAUCGUCUCAAAAUGAGGAGGUGGUUUGAUAUUGGAGAGGAUGAAAGAAAAGAAUAUGAAUGCGUAAUUGAAGAAGUGGCCAUCGAUGUCGACAACCCUGCGUUUUUUAGUGGGUUUUUUAACAACGGUCAACUAGCCCUCUUGAAAGACGAUGAAAUGAAUUCCAUUCGCAUCUUUGUACAAAGUUUUUCAAAUGACAGGAUAAUAUCUCAAGAAAUCCUACCCAGUCAUUUUACACAGGGACACAAUGUCAAAGAAUCGAUCGAAGCUUGCUGUAUAGGCGACAAAACAUUUGUCUUAACCCAUGAUUCCGCAAUUGCUGAUAGAUCUGGUGACGGAGAUUCGCGAUGCUGGCGCAUGAGCGGGAGAGCAAGUUACAAGUUUCCUACUCGACAACUGCGAACCCUAUUCUGCGAUCGCCUCGCAAGAGUAGUAACUACAGUUGGAAAAGGCAACGGUGAGGUCGAGGAAGGAGUUUUCGAACUCGAUUCAGCAUCCAUAAUAUCUCCAGCCGCCGUCGAACUCCCCACAUUCGAAAUUUCCAUGCCAACCCUCUUACGUCGGGCAACAGUAAACCACAAGAUUCCAGUGGAACCUGAUGAAAAUGACUAUGAUGACUCCGACCAAGAGCUGGAGCCGCCAUUGCCUCAGACACCACCACAACAAACGCAAAGCACUGGGCUCGAACUUCCUGACUCUGGUAGGUCAAUUCGGCCUGCCCGAAGUUUUGUCCAGGAACGCCGACCAUCUCCGUCCCCGGAGCCACGCAACCGUAGAAAGAGGACUCCAAGCCCAAAGGCACCAGCUCUCUUCAUCCCACCACCGCCACCUCUUCCUGCCUUUCCUGAUGAACUCAAUGCCUCACCAGUAGCAGUGAGGGCCCAAGAAAAGCUGUUAAGCAACCCAACGACUCAUCCACAUUCUAUUACUAAUAACUUAGAGUCUACCCGCUCAAAUACGCCUUCUCAGGCUUCCAGUCAUUUCCGCUCGCCAUCUCGGUCUACAAAUAACACUUAUAGAGUUUGGGCGCAAUAUGAUGCGAAGAAAGAGGGGGAGAUCAAUGUGCAAGUGGGUGAUAUGAUUAGAGUUGACCACGAAGAGGAAAACGCGAACGCGGUUUGGGGUGUCAAAAUGCAUAGUAAAGCAAGAUUGGAGGGGUGGGUCCCAAAGUGGUGCCUAACACAGGUGGGAAAUCUCGAUUUUAAUCUGAGAGGGAGAAGGAGGAACUAG